AUGGCUGGUUACUUUCUUGCUGCACAAUUCAUUUCACUGAUACUUUCAAGCCCAUGUGGAUGUAACAAUUGCGUCUGGGAGCUGUGGUACGCUAGCAGCUUCCACAUACCCGCUGGCGCAGCGUGGGGCAAAGAGCGGCAUGCUUGCUGCUUUCAGUUUCAGUACCAACUGCCAGCCCAGCAUUCUGCAUACACCGAGGGCUAUGUAUAUAAUGCGCCGUCUCAAGCAGUGGAUGCAGACAGGCCGAUCUUAGAUGACGAUGGUGGCAUGCAGAUGGCAGAUGCUGUCGAUGCGGAGGCGGGUUCAGAGGAUCUAGACGCACAAAUGGUAGACGAUUCAAUACGCAAAAUGCACUGGUUCCAAUCCACGCUUUUAGUAACCUUGGCCACUGCCCAUUUCCAUAGCGGCUGGCCUGUUGCACAACAAGCAAGCAGGCAUCAGCUCCGGGACCUCUUACGCAGUUUCCAUCCGUCUCUUGAUAUCAGCCAAAAUAUCCGCAUCCAGCCGAUCGGUCGUGUCGCUGCCGCUGGUAUCGCAUACACUGAGGAAAAAUCAGUUUAA